GAUGGAAACAAUACCACGUGACUAGACUGGGCAGGUCGUCUUGUAGAUGAGCGUAAGAAAGAACAGUGUAUUCUGGCGCCGCUGCAGAAAUAAUCACAAAGGAUAGCCCCAUGCUUCAGGCUCAUUUGUCUCAAGAAAGUGCAUUUUUCAUGCCAAAGCAGAUUCUACCGGCAGGAUAACAUGCAUAAAACCAAAAGAAUCAAAAUUACGGAUUUAAAUCCAAACCUCAUAUGUCCACUCUGUGUGGGAUAUUUCAUCGAUGCUACCACCAUUGUAGAAUGCCUGCACUCCUACUGCAAGAGUUGUAUUGUUUCUUUCCUGGAGAGGAACAACUACUGUCCACAGUGCGAAGGGCAAGGACAGAAAACACCCACACAGCUCAGCAUAAGGCCAGAUCAAGCCCUCCAGGACAUCGUCUACAAGCUUGUUCCAGGACUAUUUAAAGAUGAGAUGAAAAGAAGGCGAGACUUCUAUGCAGGACACCCAGCUGCAAAUGGAUUAGACACCCUGAAUGGGGAGCGUGGGGGAGUUAGGGAACAGGAGAGGAGCAUCAUCGCAGAGGAUGAGAUCAUCAGCCUCUCCAUACAGUUCCAUGGGAAAAGCGGCAAUGACCUCAAAACAUCAGAUACAAAAGACUCAGAUGGAGAACUGACCAACAGCAAACGUUUCCUGCGUUGCCCAGCAGCCAUGACAGUCACCCAUUUAGUCAAGUUCCUGAGAAGCAAAAUGGAUAUUCCCAGCACUUACAGGAUUGAAGUUUUGUAUGAAGAUGAGCUCCUAAAAGACUAUUACACACUGAUGGACAUUGCCUACAUCUACACGUGGAGACAAAAUGGUCCCCUCCCUCUGCAGUACCGCGUCCAGCCCACCUGCAAGCGCCACCGUCCCUCCAGCUCCUCCGUCCUGUCCCCUCUCCCUCUCGCCCACUCCGACGGCGUCUCCGAGAGCGACUCGCUGAGUGACAAGCCUCUCAGUCCACCAGCCACUCCCCCGGGGCAGUCGUCCCUUCCGACCCCGGCCCAGUCAAACCCCAGUCCUGCUCACAACAGCGCUCAGGUGCGCCCCCUAGCCAACACAGCCAGGAACAACAACAACAACCAGAAGAACUGCAGCCAUGGACCAGCCGGAGAUGUGUAACCACCGGAUGUGUAAUUACCAGACACCUCAAAUUGACCGAACCCUUUGCCCAUCUGAACUGAGACCUGGGCUUAGAUCGGUGGGAAGUGGCUCAAGACUGACUGCUUUUAAAGAGAACUUGCAUAAACAAGACUGAAACAACUGCCUGCUUUAUUGACAGUAAUUGCAUAGACCGGCCACAUCCCUUUUUGUAUACAGACUGUAUAUACAUGUAUAUAUUGCUGUAUGAUACAAUGAAUCUUAUGUAUCAAAAUGGUAUGAGUGUGAAAAUGACUGAAAAGGGCACAUGUAUUGCGGGACUUGAGUGCCCUGUCUUGUCUUCACUGCACACAGUUAGGGAAAGGUGUUCAUAAAUGUGAAUUUACAAUACCAUCAAUCCCACAUCUAUUGCAGAGAGUAUCUACUCAAAAUAUGCCAUGCGUUAUUAUUUUAUUUGGAGCAUUGAGAAGAUGUAUUCUUAUUUAUCCCAUCUAUCUCCGUGGUGACGAGAGCAGUCACUGGGGUUUGUUGCCUUUUUUUUUUUUUUUUAAACACUAUAAAUGCACUACAAUUAGAAUGUAAUCGUAAUGCUUCGCACAUGAAAGGCAGCUGAAUUUGUGAAAUUGUACUUUUUGUAGUCAACAGACAGCUCCAAGCUCUUUACAAUUGCAUCAUUUAAAAACAACCUCCACUGUACAGUACUUAAAACCGGAGUGAUAAUGUUACAAACAGCCCACAGAUUUUAACAUGGCCAAAAGCACUUGACAAAGUGAAGCAUUCAAGUUUAAAACAAACAACAAAAAAAAAAAUCCCCUCAACAUGAUGAGGGGACUGAACUGUAAUACUGUACAUUGCUAUCAAUUAUAUGUACCAAACAAAAAUUAUUCUGUAUUUAUUUUAUAGCACUGCAUGUUACAAUGUAUGUUCUUUAAGGCAGUAAAACACCUGAAUUUUG